GCCUCAAUGGUGCGCGAGGCACGACAGGCCGAAAUGAAGGAAGUGCACAAGCACAACGUGUACACAAAGUGCUUUGAGAUGAAGGCCGCAGAGAUGAAGACGGAAGAGCAGACGAGCAAAGCGCUCGCCUACCGCUUGAAGCAACACUUGAAGAACGCUAAAAGCCACGAGAUGGACAGCGCAGCAGCGCAGCAGUUGGCUGAUGCACAGCCCAUCGUAUACUGUUCAGAGGACAAGAAACCUUGGAGGCGGGUCAAGGAGCCCUGGGUGAAGUUGCCUUCGCCGCCACCACCGCCAGCAGCGGCGGCAACCGACCGCAAGAAGCAGGACGAGUCGUCUGAGAGCGACAGGUCGAGGUCCCCGAAACGGGCCGAGCCAGCACCUCCGGUCACGGAGGAGCAGCGCGUGGAGGACGCUCUGAUUGACAUCGAGAGGAUGAAUAAGAUGAGCAGUCUGGCGCAGAUUCUCACGGGCGUGAGCAAUCGCAUGCGCGACCUCACGAAAGACGACAACGAA